CCGUGCUACGCUGGCACGGAGAAAAAGGAAGUGGCACGACCCACCAGUGCCCUCUGAGUCCCGGAAACCCGCGGCUCCUACGAGGAUUGGUCGGGUCGCCGCGGGUCCCGCCCGUCGCGCCCCUGGUAACUGUACAGGUCCACCUGCCGCUGCGGGCUUCGGACAACGCCGCGGCAAGGCAGGGCGGAACCCGGCUGCGGCCGCGACAACGGGGACAGGGAGGGUCGCUGUACCGCAUAGGUCCGGAGCAAUGACCACACCCAAGGACCUCACUCGGGGAGAGAACCAGGGGGUUCCGGAAUUAGCGCCCCAACAACUGCAGCUCCCGGAGCUGAUCCGCAGGAAGCGAGACGGCGGCCGCCUGAGCGAGGCUGACAUCAAGGGCUUCGUGCGCGCCGUGGUGGAGCAGAGCGUGCAGGAAGCGCAGAUUGGUACAGGGGCAGCCUGCGCUAGAGAGGGGAGUGGGCCCCAGUGCCUGCCGCCCCUGCUGCUGAUCUCACGUCCCACACAUAGGAGCCAUGCUGAUGGCCAUUCGACUGCAGGGAAUGGAUCUGGAGGAGACCUUGGCGCUGACCCUGGCCCUGGCCCAGUCUGGGAAGCAGCUGGAGUGGCCAGAGGCCUGGCGCCAGCAGCUGGUGGACAAACACUCCACAGGGGGCGCCGCCACUCCGCGCGGGGGCGGGGCCGCCGCCGCGGGCCCGGGCUGCGCGCCCGGCUGCUGACCACGGCCGCGCUGGGCGCCGCGCUGGGCGCCGGCUGGCUCGGGCUGCGCGCCGAGAAGGAGCGGCGGCGGCAGCGGGAGCGCGUCGAGGCGCUGCGCCGGGCGGCCGUGGGCCGCGGGGACUUCAGCCUGCGGGACCAGCACGGCCGGGCGCGGCGCAAGGCCGACUUCCGCGGGCAGUGGGUGCUGCUCUACUUCGGCUUCACGCACUGCCCGGACAUCUGCCCCGACGAGCUGCAGAAGCUGGCGCAGGUGGUGCGGCGGCUGGAGGCCGAGCCGGGGCUGCCGCCCGUGCAGCCCGUCUUCGUGACCCUGGACCCCGAGCGCGACGACGUCCCGGCCAUGGCCCGCUACGUGCGCGACUUCCACCCGCGGCUGCUGGGGCUCACGGGCUCGGCCGAGCAGGUGGCGGAGGUGAGCCGCAGCUACCGCGUCUACUACAGCGCCGGGCCCCCGGACGACGACGGGGACUACAUCGUGGACCACUCCAUCGCCAUCUACCUGCUGGACCCCGACGGCCUCUUCACCGACUACUACGGCCGCGGCAAGUCAGCCGAGCAGAUCGCGGCCAGCGUCCGGCGCCACAUGGCCACCUUCCGCAGCGUCCUGUCCUGAGGGGCCAUUAAACAGAGUGGACUGA